CAUACACUAUUUUCAAGCCCAGUCUAGUAUAUUCAUAUAUAUACAGCGUUGGUGGGAGGUGAAUCUAAGUUUAUCAUAACUAACCACUAUCAUACUUUCAUACCUACCACGGCGGCCACGAUAAUAGUUCCAGUAUAGGCCCACCAUGCCCUCGUCACCUUCACCACCGCCACCCCACGACGCCGCACCACCACUACAGCGAGUCGGCACCCACAGCUCAACAAUGACAAUGGCCGCAGGACAUGGCUACAUAGACCCGGAAGCACAGAGCGGCCGACGCAGCCUCGACAGACGACAAUCCCUUUCUUCGGUGGCGACGGAAAAGGACUAUGUCGGGGACUUCCUGCAGGAGUGGGAACGCCCCCAGCGGUUGCGGGAGUUGCGGAAGGUGUACUCUCACCAGACAGAGAAGUUAGGGGAGCUAGAUGCGCCGGGGGAUGCUUCGGAGUUUAUAGAUAUCGAUAAGGAGUUGGUCACAUGGGAUGGUCCUGAGGACCCGGAGAACCCGAGAAACUUCCCCACUGCUAAAAAGUGGAGGAUCACGCUCGUCAUCGGCAUGUACACCUUUGUCUCGCCGUUUGCGUCGAGUGUAGCUGCUCCUGCGGCACAAGAAUACGCCGCCGAGUUUGGCAUUACCAGCCCUACCAUUGCAAGUAUGACGGUUUCAAUCUUCCUGAUUGGCUUUGCGCUUGGACCGUUAUUCAUGGCGCCAUUGUCGGAAUUGUUUGGUAGAGUCAUAGUCAUACGUGUGACCACUGUGCUCUUCCUCAUUUUCAGCAUUGCCUGCGCGCUUGCGAAUAGCACGGCGCAGAUGAUGGUCUUCAGACUGUUAUCUGGUCUGGCCGGGAGUGCGCCGCUGGCUCUUGGUGGUGGGAUUCUUUCUGAUAUCUGGGCGCCUGUGGAUCUGGUCCGCGCUAUGGCCAUCUUCUCAAUUGGGCCCCUCCUUGGCCCCAUCUGUGCUCCUGUCAUGGCUGGUUUUGUCGUCGAGAACAUCGACUGGAGGUGGGUGUUCUGGAUUCUCGUGAUCCUGGGUGGUGUUAGCAUGGUUAUCGGAAUGAUUGUCUUCAAGGAGGAGACUUAUGCUGUCGUCAUCCUGAACCGCAAGGCUGCGAGACUAAGGAAGGAAACCGGAAAUGAGAACCUUCAUACCAUCUUCGAGGUCACGGAGGAUGUUAGGACUGGUUUCCUGAUCGCUAUCACUCGGCCGGUGAAGAUGCUCGUUAUGAACCCAGUGUUGCUGAUGCUGAGCCUUUUCCUGGCAUUCGUGUACGGCUUCCUCUACCUCUUGUUCGUCACCUUCCCGAUCCUCUUCCAAGGCAAAUAUGGCCAAUCUAUUGGCAUCGCAGGCCUAAACUACCUGGGGCCGGGCGUGGGCUUCAUGGUGGGCCUAAUAGUCUUCACCCCGCUGCUGCAAAAGAUUUACCUAAGACUCACAGCGGCCAACAACGGCGUGGCCAAGCCCGAAUACCGGCUGCCAACCCUGCUCAUGGGUGGCGUCCUCGUCACCACCGGACUUUUCUGGUAUGGCUGGUCGGCCGAGAAACAGUUGCACUGGAUCAUGCCGCUGAUCGGCACGGCGUUCUUCGGCGCCGGCAUGAUCCCCGUGUUCGCGGCCAUACAGACCUACCUUAUAGACAUGUCCCCGCGCUACGCCGCCUCUGCCGUCAGCGCAUCCACGCUCUUCCGCUCGCUCGUCGCCUUCGCCUUCCCGCUUUUCGGAAAGCAGAUGUAUGAUAAGUUGGGCUACGGCUGGGGGAAUUCCCUCAUGGGGUUCAUUGCCCUACCCUUGGGCAUCCUGUUCCCGUUGUUCCUUUACAGACAUGGCGAGCCGUUGAGAAUUCGGGCGGAGAAGAGGAUGGAGGAGUGGGACACGAAGAUGAGAGCUAGAGCGUUGGAGGGGGAGACAAGCUCGUCGUUGCCUUGAGAUUGUUUUUUCUUUCGUGCUCCACCCCACUUCCUUGCCUGAGCAUGUACUCGUACUCGAGCAUGUACAGUACCUGGGGAGGAGUUUUUCGUGCGAGGCAGGGGUCGUUUUAUAGGCUAACCUACAGUAGAGUAACCGUUGACUAACUUUCUAUCGGAUACGGUACUUGUACUGUACUUGUAUAUUUUUCCUUUUUUCCUCUUUUUUUUCCCUAAUUUUCUUUUCCCUUUGUCCCAGCAUCAUCAUCAUCACCAUACCGGUAGAUUAGUCAUUUUGGCCUGGCCUGGCCUGGUUUAGUUCUGGAGUUUGGGA